AUGUCAAAGUGGGAGAACAACAGGGUGCAACACGUUUUCCAAUCAAAGUACGAGCAGCAGAAGGGCUCGACGGCGCCCGAGUUUGCCGAGAAGAAGCUCCACCGCGAGCUCGAACGCGUCUCGCUGUCCAACUGCCUGGUUGUCGUCGCCGGCGAUUACAAGCCCAAGCCCAGCGACCGCAUCAAGGGCCAGAGGAGGGUAUCGAUUGCCGACAUCGUCGCCUCGUUCAUCGCCAAGGGCGACCCCAAGCUCUCGACCAAGCUCCCCGAGUGGGGUUUGAGCAAGGCGGUCGCCUGCCUUGGCGAGGACGUCGAGCACCCGACGAUCCUCGUCCGUCACAAGAAGAUCCACAACGUCCUCGCGCUCCCCUGUCCGGCCGCUGCCAAGCAGGCGUCGCGCAGCGUCGGCCGGUGA